GGUCGGGGCCGGAAGGACGGGUAGGGCGCCGCCAUGACAGGCCGGGCGUGUACGGAACGGACCAGCUGUCCGUUCCGCGACAAGAAAAAACGAGGCAAAGAGGGCUGGGCGCCGCCAUGACAACUUGAUACCGGAAAAGGCGGGGCGCGCCCUCCUCAUUGAUCCUCCUCCAGCAUCGGCCUCAAGAUGCAGGCAGCCCUGGAGAUCACUGCUCGCUACUGCAGCCGAGAGCUGGAGCAGUAUGGCCAGUGUGUGGCGGCCAAGCCUGAGUCAUGGCAGCGGGACUGUCACCACCUUAAGAUGAGCAUUGCUCAGUGCACGUCCUCCCACCCAAUCAUCCGCCAGAUCCGCCAGGCCUGCGCGGAGCCUUUUGAGGCCUUUGAGGAGUGUCUUCGGCAGAACGAGGCCGCCGUGGGCAACUGUGCUGAGCAUGUGCGCCGCUUCCUGCAGUGCGCUGAGCAGGUGCAGCCAACACACCCGCCCUCCACCGUGGAGGCACAGCCGCUUCCUGCCUCCUGAGGACUCUUUGGACCGUAGGAAAACUGGACAUGAGUGACUGGCCACUUGAUGCCUCAGACCUGAAGCAUGGCCAGAUGGGGACCUGAGGGCUUCCCUGGACAUCAAGACUCACAAUAAAUGACGACUGUGUACCAGG